CCUUUCCGAAUUUCGGCCGGCCCAAAGGACGCGCCGGACUGAGUGGCCAAGAUUGUUACCUGCGGUCCUCAUUUCGCUUUGAGAUUUCGGCGAGGACGCUUCGUUCUUCAACAAUACCAACGGCGGCGUGAUGCAUUAACCGGUGUACUCCCUGAGCAGUUAGAUUUCUGUGUUAUUCGUGAAAGUUCCGUCAGCAACGUUUGAAAAUGUCAAGUGUAUUUUUCAACAUCUACGAGGACGACGACGACGAGGACUCGUGUAGCGACACGGCAACCGUGAUCGGGGACUUUCCUAUAGACUGGUAUACUGAAAACAGGCAGUUGCUCAACCAAGCCAUAGAAGAGGAGGACUUACUUCAAAUCAGCUACCACCUGGCCUUCGAGCCCGACCCCCAUGUACCGAUCCUCGGUAAACCCUCCCCCCUAUGGAUGGCCAUCCACAACAGUACCCCGGAGAUCGUCGACGUCCUCAUCCGCAGCGGUUACAGCAUCAUGGAGAUACAAUGUCCAUCAACCUACUACUUUCACAGCGAUGACUACACAUACACCGGCGACCACGACAGUUUAUCGGACUACAAGGGCUACACUUACUUCACCUACAUGACGCUCCUCCAUUGGGCCGUCAUAAACGAUAGCUACAGCAAAGUUAAAGUCCUACUCGCGCACGGGGCUUCCCCGAACUGGGUCGACGAGCGGGGCAACAGUGUCCUCCUCUACGCCGUCGAGAGCGGCAGCGUUCGCAUAGCGGAAGAACUGAUCAAGCAAGGGGCCAAAGUCAACGAGCCUCUCCCGAAGCAUCCUGGCAACUACCUCAUACAUGACGCAGUCCACUCCGGCAACCUUCCGAUGGUGAAAAUGUUGUUGAAUUACGGCGCCAAAGUAAACGUCAUAAACUGUGAUGACCAGUCUGUCCUACACCUUUUACUCAAGCCUAAGCGAAAGGAGAUGCCAGAUUUGGUCCAGCUCCUGGCAGACGCAGGGUGUCCAAUCAAUUACCGGCUCCAGGACAAGUUCUCACCGUUGUACUUGGCCGUAGAACAGAGACGCACGAGAACAUGCAGGAUACUGUUGGAACAUCUCGCUGACCCAAACGCCGGGAUCUACGGGACAAACGCGUUCCCUCUUGUAAUUGCCUGUGAAUAUAGAUGCUUGUCGUUGAUACGGCAUCUGCUGCAAUCCGGAGCGUACGUCGACCAGAGACUGGAUUCAAGCCAGACACUCUUGCACGUCGCUUGCACGAAGGGUCACACAGAAGUCGUUCGGGAGUUGCUCAAGUACGGCGCUGACGUCGACGCCAUCGACAACGCACACAAGACUCCUCUGCAUGCAGCAGUGGAAAGGGGCAGUAAGUGGAUCGUGAGGUUGCUCUUGAGGAACGGGGCUAACGCUGAAGUGCCUGACAAUGAAAUGUACACGCCGUUGCACCGCGCCACCUUCUUGGGUCUCGUUGAUAUGGUCAAGAUACUGUUGGAAGCCGAAGCCGAUAUGAACACUGAGGACGAUUGGUGCUUCACGCUGCUUCACACAGCUUGCCGAAAGGACAAGUUGCAGGUGGUAAAGCUAUUAGUGAAAAUGGGUGCCGACGUAAACCGCAAGAGUAAGAUUAAAGUGACCCCUUUGCAUCUGGCCGUCGAGCACGGCUCAACGAGUCUCGUGCAGUUUCUUCUUAGAAAAGGCGCAGAUGUCAACUGCAGAGGUCCAGACAACAAAACACCGAUUUUCAGAGCCUGCAGCUACCACAACGCAGCGAAAAUUAAGCUUCUUCUGAACUACGGUGCGAAGAUGAACGUAAAGGACAACUCCGGGUCCACGCCCUUCCGCCAGCUUUACUACAAGGAACGAGAAGCUGGCCAGAUUAUGUUGAAGCACAUGGCGCUGAGGUUUUACAACGGUGAGCGUAUCGAGGCGUGUGACCUGCGCUUGCUCAGGGAUCAUAAUGCUGCACACGCGUACUUCAUGAACGCUCUCGGUAGAGUGAUGAUGUUGAAGAAUGACAAGUUCUUCAGAAAUGUGACGUUCUUCGAUGUCUUGUGUAUGAAACCGUCGCAACUUUUAAAGCUCGUAAGGAACAACGAAUUUAUCGGGGCGUUCCGGGCGAAUUACGGGAAACAUAAAAGUUUUUGGGACGAUUUGGAGAUCAAGUUUGAGAAGGCUUUGAUGGAGAGGGAAUUGCUUUAUAGUGCAGAGCAUUUUCUGACUUCUAUAUUUGGAAAAUAUCUGCCUGCUGCGUCGCUCGAGCGGAUGGCAACUUUCUUCAUAAUCGACGCCCUGGACCAAAUGGAGGAAGAGGAAGCGCGCAAAGCUGACAAUUCUCAUGUACAUCCGUUAGUAGCGCGAUUCCAACGGCGAGGCCACAUGUGAAUUUGGUAAUCUUGGUGAGAAGAUGAUCGGAUUGGUUAGCUGGAAUUUAUAACCAGAUUUUGAUCAUAAGUGACGACUUAUUUCUAUUUAGCUGAAGCUCAUUUACAGCUACUUGAAUUUUAUAAGAGCACAAUACGAAGACCUGGUUUUCAUCGACUGAAUUCUGUUUCUAUAGACACAUUACCUUAUAUCUAUUUUAAUAAGGUACAUCGAUUGUUUUAUCUAGUUGAAAACCAGGAAAUAUUUUAGCAAGACUGAAUUAUUUUCAUUCUCAUUGCGAGAUCGACUUUUAGCAUGAUUUUCUAUACCUAUUUCAAGACAACGAACUUUUUAUAAAGAUCUUACUUUUGAAUAUUAUUAAUUUUCACAUUUUGUAACCUUACUAUAUUUUUACUUAUCAAUCGGUGACUGUAUGAAAAAAAUUCAUUUUCAUCAAAACUUUUUGCAACUUGUUGCGAAUUUGCAAACUUUCCCAAAGCCAAGCGUCACCAUUAUGACUAAUCAAUAUAAUAAAUCUUUUGCAAUUUAUAUCAUGAA